UACGACGCAACCGUACGCAGGCGGACUUUGAACUACAGUGGGAUUGAAAGCCGCUGUCCUGAGUCGAGGAGUGUAAACAGUGGAACGGCAUGCUCUUCAGCUGGUGCCUGCGAUGGACCCCGUGCAAGAAAACUCUCAGUACCCCCUCGUGUCAAAGUUCAUUCUGUCUGCAUUCGCUGCUACCGUUGCAGAACUGGUCACAUUCCCACUUGAUCUUACCAAAACGAGGCUUCAGGUUCAAGGUGAAGCUGGUCUUCGGGAACAUGGCAAGCCUGGACCUGCUCGAACCGUCUACAGGGGCAUGCUGAGCACAGCUGUGGGAAUUGUGCGUGAAGAGGGACCCCUGAAAUUGUGGCAAGGGGCCACACCUGCUGUCUAUAGGCAUAUAGUUUAUUCCGGGGGCAGGAUGGUGGCCUAUGAGCAGCUCAGGGAGUCUGUCUUAGGAAAAUCUGAAGAUGGCAGCUUUUCAGUUUGGAAGGCUGCAGUUGGUGGGAUGGUAUCUGGUGCCUUCGGUCAGUUCCUGGCUAGUCCCACUGAUCUAGUUAAGGUACAGAUGCAAAUGGAGGGAAGAAGGCGGCUGGAGGGUAAACCACCGCGAGUACGGGGAGCUUACCACGCCUUCAUAAAGAUUGUUUCAGAGGGAGGUAUCCGUGGCCUCUGGGCUGGAUGGGUGCCCAACGUCCAGAGAGCAGCUCUGGUCAAUCUAGGAGACCUCGCAACAUACGAUAGUGUGAAGCACCUUUUACUAAGACAUACCUCUUUAGAAGACAACUGUCUGUGUCAUGGACUGGCAAGCACUUGUUCUGGUCUGGUAGCAGCUACAAUGGGAACACCAGCCGAUGUGGUUAAAACAAGAAUAAUGAACCAGCCUCGGGAUUCCAGCGGAAGGGGUCUCCUGUACAAGUCCUCUGUCGACUGCCUGGUUCAGGCUGUGAAGGGGGAGGGAUUUUUGUCACUUUAUAAAGGGUUCCUACCAACCUGGCUGAGAAUGGCUCCCUGGUCCAUGACGUUCUGGCUAACUUUCGAACAAAUCAGACGAGCCGUGGGCAUCAGCUCCUUCUGAAGAUCUCAGUCAGAGGAGUGUUGAGAAUAAACUGUGGUCCACUGGGGACAAACAGUGUUGCUCUUCAGUGCCUUGGACUUCAGGCCUUCACGGCAGCCCAACAAAACACUGAUUAACCUCCAUGGCCUGGUUGUGUUAUAAGCUAAAGCUCGAGUAAAAGUAAUGCGCAGUUAGAGACGGAGCCUUACGUUAAAGGCUUACUGAGUAUAAAACCUACACAGAAGUACUUCAUGUUUGGAUGCCUGUUACUGUUUAUCAUUAACAAAUAAACCUCAUUCAGUACUG